UCAAAAUGCAAUCCCUGGACAUAAAACCGACAGUUGGUCUAAUCGCUUGCUGCGAAUGCGGUGUUGCGAUUGAACCAAAUCCAGCGAAUAUGUGCAGUGGAUGCCUUCGCUCGAGGGUAGAUAUUACCGAGGGAAUCACUCGGCAAUGCACAAUUUACAUGUGCAAAUUUUGUGAUCGUUACUUUGUUCCACCAAGUGCAUGGAUGAGAGCAGAACUGGAAUCCAAAGAACUUCUUUCGAUUUGCUUGAAAAAGUUGAAGCCAAUGCUAACGAAAGUUCGUCUGACCGAUGCGUGCUUUGUAUGGACAGAAGCUCACUCCAAGCGUAUCAAAGUGAAAAUCACAAUUCAAAAGGAAGUAUUCACUAAUACAAUCCUACAACAAGCUGUCGUCGUUGAGUUUACCGUUCACAGUCAAUUGUGCGAUGAUUGUCGUCGUGCUGAAGCCAAAGAUUUCUGGCGUGCUUGUGUGCAAGUUCGUCAACGUGCAGAGUUCAAGAAGACUCUUUUCUAUUUGGAACAACUUCUCCUCAAACACUCCGCUCACAAAGAAUGUACUGGAGUCAAGCCUGUUCCGACUGGAAUUGAUUUUUACUUUGCGAAACAACAAGAAGCGAGAAAAUUUGUCGACUUUUUGAUGACUGUACUUCCAUGCAAAUAUCACUACGCGCAGGAACUUGUCUCUCACGAUACCAAAAACAACACAUACGAUUACAAACACACUUUCUGCGUUGAAAUCGUACCAAUCUGCAGAGACAAUAUCGUUUGUCUCCCAAAGAAACAGGCUCAACAAUACGGAAAUAUGUCACAAAUCGUUCUUUGUCUUCGUGUCUCGAAUGUCAUCACUCUCAUCGACCCCAACAAUUUGCAGUUGGUUGAUGUUCAAGCAACUAAUUUCUGGAGAGAGCCUUUCGAUUCUCUUUGCGGACCAAAACAAUUGACAGAAUUCUACGUUCUCGAUGUGGAACCUGUAAAUAACUUUGAGAGAAAGGCAGGCCACGGAUAUGUGAGUAAGAAACACGAAUUGGCAGAUGUAUGGUUGGUGAGAAGUGAUCAAGUUGGAAUGUCUGAUGCUCAAUCUCUAUCAGCUAGAACUCACAUUGGACACUUGUUAUCACCUGGAGACUUGGUUAUGGCAUUCGACAUGAAGAACUGCAAUGUGAAUAAUGCAACUUUCGAUGCCAUGAACAUUGAUAAUGUUCCGGAUGCAAUUAUUGUCAGAAAGGUAUUCGAUAGAACUCGUCGUACAGCCAAACGUCAAUGGAAGUUGAAGAGAUUGGUUGUUGAUGGUAAUAUUGUUGGAAAUGAGACGGCAUCAGUUGCUGAUGAAUUCCAAGGAUUUAUGGAGGAUAUCGAAGAAGAUGCACUGAUGAGAGAGAAGAUUAAUAUUUAUAAAGACGCAGAGAAAGGACCAAAUGUUGAUGGAGACGACGCAGAAGAUCAUCCAGAUGCUCCAACUCUUGCCGAAAUGCUUGAUGAUUUGAAAUUCGAUGACGAGGAGAUGAAAGAGGCUGAAAGUGCAGAAGAUGAUGAAGCUAUGCAAGAGUAAUCUUCGCUCUAUCUCAAAAUUUCGUUUUUCUCCAUAUUGUUGUCUUCUAUAUUUUUGUUUGCAAUCUGAUCAUUGUUCCAACCUAUUCCUACUACUCGCUUGUUGUUCUGUUAUCACAUUUUGUUUAUUAAAAAUACCCCGUUUUUUGUUCGUUCUCCUUAUUUUUUGAUAAAUCUGUUUUCAAG